AUGGACUUUACAUUCCACAAUCAUUUCAUUGAGUCUGUUCAGCCUUUGAUUGAGUUGAUUGACUCUCUGAGGUUCAUCGGCAUUGAUAAGGAUAUAGAUCUCCCAUCCAUUGCAGUGGUGGGAGAUCAGAGUUCUGGAAAGAGUUCUGUUUUGGAGGCUCUCUCUGGGGUGGCUUUACCUCGAGGAAGUGGUAUUGUCACUCGCUGUCCUCUCGAGUUGAAAUUACGGAAGUUAAAAAAAGGACCGUGGGAAGGGACCAUUUCUUACAGUGGUCACAAAGAGACCUUUAAAGACUCAACAGAGGUGGAUAACCUUGUCAGAGAAGCUCAAAACAAGCUUGCUGGAAAUACAGUUGGAAUCUGUGAUGAACUCAUCACUUUGGAAAUUUCAUCUCCUGAUGUUUGUGACCUCACUCUUAUUGAUCUACCUGGUAUAACCCGUGUACCUGUGAGCGGUCAACCUGAGGAUAUUGGCGACCAGAUCAAAAACUUGAUACUGAAAUAUAUUGCCAAAAGUGAAACCAUCAUUUUAGUUGUUGUUCCCUGCAAUAUUGACAUAGCAACAACAGAAGCAUUAAGAAUGGCACAGGAUGUAGACCCUGAGGGAUACAGAACUCUUGCAAUUCUCACGAAACCAGACCUUAUUGACAGAGGAGCUGAGAUUGAUGUUUUGAACAUUGUCCAGGGCAAAGUCAUUCCUCUCAGCAAGGGCUACAUUAUUGUGCGAUGUCGUGGUCAGAGUGACAUCAAUAACAAAAUCCCUCUUUUUAAAGCCAUGGAAAUGGAAAUGAAUUUUUUUAGGAACCAUCGAUAUUUCAGCUCUCUAUUGAAUGAUGGUAAAGCAUCUACUCAAUGCUUGGCAGACAAACUAACCAAAGAACUGGUUGAUCAUAUCAAGAAAUCGCUACCCUACUUAACAGAGCAGAUUCAUACUAAACUACUCAGCAUUCAAAGGGAGCUUAAAAACUAUGAGCAGGGUCCACCUCUUGAAGAAGAGCUGAUGGGACCUUUUCUCAGUGAGAUAAUAAUGGAGUUCAGUGAGCAAAUAAAUGAACUGAGUAGAACAGGACAUUCAAAAGAGAAAAACAUUCAUGCACUUCUUCGUCCUGUGUUUAAGAAAUGGGACAUCUAUCUAAGAGGCACUGAAAUAUCAUUCACAGCAAGAGUGAAUGAAAUGAUAGGUAAGUAUAAUGAGAUGCAUCGUGGCAGAGAAUUGCUUACGUUCAGUGAUUACUGUGAAUUUGAAUGUGUCAUCAAAGACCAUGUGGCAGCCCUUCAAGUGCCAGCGAUGGAAACACUGAAGCAUGUACGAGAGAUUGUUCAGAAUGUUUUCCGAGAGAUAUGUUAUGGAUCUUUUGACCAGUACCCUCCACUGAGAUACAUUGUAUCUAAAAUGAUUAAUGACAUUCUGUCAAAACAAGAGACCAAAGUGGAGAAAAGAAUCAAGGAGUUCAUUGAUAUGGAGCAACUGGUCUUCACUCAGGAUAAGGUAUUACAACAGAAACUCAAUUUCUCUGACAUCCCUCAGAAGACUGAGAUGGACUCUAGUGACGAGAACCUCUAUGAUGAUGAUGACACAAUUUUCAAUUCUAAAGGCUGUGGAUUAUUGGAUACAAGAAAUCUAGUUCCAGACAAACUAGUUCUCUAUUAUGAGAUUGUCUAUCAACGCCUUACAGACUAUGUGCCCAUGCUGAUAAUUCUGUUCAUGCUAAAGGAUGCAGCUAAGACACUGCGGCAUCAAAUGUUAGAAUUGAGAAAUGGGGCAGAUGUGGUGAAACUGCUGAGUGAAGACUCAGAGCAAGGACGCAGGAGAUUUGAUCUAAAGCAGCGUCUGGAACGCCUCACACAAGCUCAAGAACUGAUAAGAAACAGACUCUGAGACCCCCCCCCCCCACACACACACACACUUGUUUGAGAACUUGCAUUUGCCUUAGUGGAAGAGUGGGGUAACAUCUCAAACCAGAUACACCUAAUAGUCGCGAAUCGUCAACCAAAAUGUUAUUAGUCAGUCGGAGAAAAGGAAAAAAAAAAGAAAAGAUAAAAACUCUGAGCAAAGUCACGUAGUCCGUGAGGGCCAGAUCAUUAACGGUGGGUCCUUGUGGUAAUUACAGUAUGUUGGGCAGGAAAUCCAAACAUUUGCUUACUAUUCAUCAACCUCAAAUAUGGCUUAUCAUUUGAAACAUGUAAGUAGUAGCAACUUUACAUGGAUGCUCACUCUAACAUUAACCUAGAUAAAUGUGGGCUAUUAUUAAUCCUUUGAAAGCUAAAGGAUUAGCGUGCUUACUGCAAGACAUGGAGGUGCUGGUGUGAUCACUUGCAUUUUUUCUUAUAACAGUGGAAACAACUUAACUCCCUGAGGUCUGAAAACGC